AUGGCGGAACCGGAGUUGAAUGUAGACAGUCUCAUCUCUCGGCUGCUCGAAGUCCGAGGAUGUCGCCCAGGGAAGACAGUACAAAUGACAGAGGCUGAGGUUAGAGGACUUUGUUUGAAGUCAAGGGAGAUCUUCUUGAGUCAACCUAUACUUCUAGAGCUAGAAGCUCCACUUAAAAUUUGUGGUAAGCAAGCACCAGGGUUCUCCUUGGAGACAAUCUGUCUCUUGUUGGCCUACAAAAUCAAGUAUCCAGAAAACUUCUUCUUGUUGCGGGGCAACCAUGAAUGUGCUAGUAUCAACAGGAUUUAUGGCUUUUAUGACGAAUGUAA